UUCCCAGCAUGCCCCUCGCCUUCUAGCCCUCUCCACGCAUCACGGCGGUUUUGACCCCAGAGGCCUAUCGGCGCCGAGCGCCCAGAGGCAUGCUGGGAAGGGUAGUCCCGGAAGUGAACCGAAGAGGAAGUGCGGGGUGGCUCCAGUUGUCAUGGUUACCGCUGGUUGGGAAGGGGUCUAGCCCUCCCGGGGCGCCGCCAUGUCCUUCAAGCGGGAGGGGGAUGACUCGGGCCAGCUGAAUGUGCUGCAGAAAAGAAGAGUUGCAGAUCUGCUGGCAAACUAUAUCCCUGAGGAUGAGGCACUGUUGCUAAGGAGCGGCAGAUAUGCCUGCACAGUGUGUUUCCACCGUCCGGUCUUCGACACACUUGACAUGCUGACAGUCCACAGGGCUGGCAAGAAACAUGUAGCUAGCCUGCAGACUUUCUAUGGGAAGAAGCGCUCGCACGAGAAUGAGGUGCAGAAGCGGCGGCAGCAGGAGUUCCUGCGGGCAGAAGAGGCAGGCACACAGGAUCUUGCAUGCCCUGCACCCUUGCUGGCUCAGACCAGGAAAAUUGCCCAGAAUGCUUUGCUGAAGGCCUCUCCCUACAACAGCUGCUGCCGAAGGAACAGGUCUGAUGGCAGCAGCUCAAGCUUCAGUUCUUCUCGGACAGAGUCUGCUGUCCCUGCUGCCUCAAGAGGUGCUGUGGAGAAGCAGCCAGGAGACCCAGGAGGCUCUGUGGCAAGAGGCGAAGAGGGAUGUGCUGCUGAGGACAUUCCUCCCUCCACACAGCUUCGUGGACAUGCCAGCCCUCGAGCAGAUUUGCAAAAGGAACCUUCUACAAAGAUCAAGAGAAGCAGCAAAAGAAAAUCCUGCCUGUCUGCCAAGCCUGAAGCCAUCAGCCCUGAGAAACGCCAGGCCCUGGAGCACUAUCUCCUGCUCAGAAGGCUGGAUCCAGGACCCUUCCGGCAAAUGGGUGAAAGACGAGAAUGUGGAGUUUGACUCUGAUGAGGAUGCGCCACCAAUCCUGUCGCCAUCCUGACUUCCCAGCCUCUCCAGCUAGCAGGAUACCCCUAGCGGCCAGGCCUGGUGCUAAGCUACACUGACCGAACUCUUGGGACGGGCAGAGGGGGUCAGGAACAGCCUAUCUGCAUCCUCCCAUCCUCCUCCAUGGCUUUGACUUCAGAUAUAAAUCACUGGGGGAGAAGGAUGUUUCCAAACAGUUCCUAGAACCUCCCCCCGUAACUGCUUCACAAUAUCCAGGGAUACCACUGGGGUCACCCGCACUGGGAGCUGUCUUAUCGCCACCACCGCAGCUUCCCAGCACGAGGCCUGUUCUGUCUCGGGAAUGAACCCAAGGCUGAGAUGCAGCUCUCGGCAGGACACAGAAGAAAGGGGCAGUGCCAGAGGAAGUCAGUGCUUUGGUCUCACCUAGCAUCUUAAAAGCGUCUCCCAGAGGGAAGCAAGCAUCAUGCCCCUUUCACAUGGAGAAACAGGCACCAACCGGCAGCAACAUGCACGUGAGUCCAUGGGAAGAGUCAGGAGCCCUGACUCUCACUUCUGAUUACCUUUAUUAGGUGUAUUACGGUGGCACUGGGCACCUCGGCCCUGGAUUGGGCUGGGCGCUGCGCAAAGACGCUCUUAGCCCUUGAGCUCGCUGGACAAUGCUGUCUCCUAACAGGCAGUUCUGUGGCCUUUUUUUUUUCUGUGGUUUAAGUUGUUUUUAAAAAGUCCAUCUUAAAAUUGGAUCAGUUUCUCCUUGCUCUGGGAGUGGCUUGAUGCUUAAAAAGCCAUACACGCAUCUGUUCUCCUGCUUCCUGGGACCUGUCCUGCAGCAGCCCACUGGGAAGGGAGCACCUUCCUGUUCACACUACUGUUUGAUGCCUCCUCCAGUGACCACUCAUGCUGACGAAAUGGGGCGGUGCUCUCUGUGCGGUGUUCCUGGCUUGAGCUAGCAAAGCCCUUGAACGUGUGCUUAACUGUGAAUAGGAGAUCAGUCCCCUCUAGAGCAGGGGGCUAAAAUAAUUAUUUGUUAGAUGUAUUACGGUAGAACCAUAAAGCCUUGGCCAUGAACUAGGACCCUCUUGCAUUAGGUGCUGUAUAUUAUUUGUGUAUCAUGGUAGUACUUAGGAGCUCAAUUGUGGCCCAGGACCUAUGUUCCCCCUAAGCUACACAGCUUUCCAUUAGCCCCACACGGGUUCAGGGAUGCAGCAGGGACAGAUCUCUCUCCCCAAGCCCUCAAGUUGCCAUGGCUGGCAGAGGAGAGCUCUUCCCUGCCAAACCCAGACUGGUGCUGCCAUGGCUGGGGGAAAGGGGCUUCCCUCGCU